AUGGCCACAGCAGAGCAAAAGAAGUCUUUCAUAAGCCUUUGUGCUUCGAUUAUUAAUUAUAAUGGGGAUUUGUUAGCGCUCGAAUCGUUUUUAGAUAAAAUUAGCUUGAUUGAGGACUUAGCUGAAGAAAAUUUGACCAGUACAUUAAUUGCAUUUUUGAAAUCCAAAUUAGAGGGAAAAGCCCGCGAAGCCAUACCAAUACAAGUAAAUUCCGUUAGUGACAUAAAAUCUGCUCUACGCAAUAGAAUUAAGCCUGACAACUCGAAAGUUGUCGCAGGGAAAAUUGCGGCGUUACACGUUAACAACAACAAUUAUUCAGACUUUGCCAAACGCGUUGAAGAACUAUCAGAUUCUCUUGAGCGUUCGUUAAUAAUAGAAGGAAUAACUCAAGAAAAAGCUCACGAAAUGGCGGUUGAGCAGACUGUUAGCGUGUGUCGGUUAAACGCCAGGUCAGACUUAGUAAAAUCAAUUUUAGCUUCAACAAAAUUUUCAGAUUCCAAAGACGUAGUUGCGAAACUAAUUGUAGAGCAGAAUAAUGAGGUGAAGGAGCGUCAGGUUCUUUCUUUCCGAUCGCGUGGUAAUAACACGUUUAGAAAUUCACGUGGUGGCUAUCGUGGGGCUAACCCAACUCGCAAUUUUAUUGGUUAUAGGAAUAACAGGUCAUUUUCUUCUAAUAAUAAUAACUUCAAUAGCUAUAACAGUCAACGAUAUCGAUCCGCUAACGGAAACCGCUAUCACAAUAACAGCAAUGGUUCACGGGUUAAUUCCAACAACAACACCAAUAGGAACAAUAAUGCACGAACAGCAAACGGUAGGAGUAGGAAUGUAAAUGUCCGUGCUUUAAACGCUCAUGCCCCUCAGGAGCGAACACUGGGGGAGCAGGAGUUAAACAACUAA